CCGCGCAUUGAAUUCGCCGUCUCGCCGACUCGACAACCUGUUUGCUCGAAAUUCGCCCCGGCAUUUAUCUCACAAUUAUUUCUGCAUUGACGUAAGAAGGAGCACUUCCACCAUUCCACCGCAACUGCAGCAAACCACGUCGACGCAGCAGCAGCAGCAGUCGCAGCAGUCACACCACAAAACACUCAUAUUGCCCAAGAGCGGAUUCGGGUGCGAAGCAGGAGGAGUAGGAGUCCGGAGCUGUUCGGGGAGCGGAUCGAGGAGCAGGAGCCCCGUCACCAUGGAGCCUUAUUGGAACGAGUCGAACGGACACGCCGCCCAUCCGGUUAAGUAUGAGAGCGAAGCAGCUGUCUCCAGUUUUCCUUAUUGCACAGAAUCUAGCUUAAAUUUUUCAACAUCAGCCACGGCAUACAGCGAGGACGAUGCUGAAUAUGCCACCGGAAGACGUAAUAAGACAUCGAGGCAAGAUCCGCUAUCCCAUCGAAUUAUUGAGAAGCGGAGACGAGAUCGCAUGAACUCCUGCCUGGCGGAUCUAUCCCGCCUCAUUCCGCCGCAGUACCAGCGCAAGGGGCGUGGCCGGAUCGAAAAGACCGAGAUCAUCGAAAUGGCCAUCCGGCACCUGAAGCACCUGCAGAGCGAGUGCCAGCAGAAGGAGAGCGACUACCGGAGUGGCUACAUGGACUGCAUGAAGGAGGCGGCCAAGUUCCUGUACGACGUCCACAUGCAGGACUUCUGCCACCGACUGUUGGGUCGUCUGCAGGAGCACAUCGACGAGAUGUUCAAGACUGACUGUUACAAGUCGACGCGCAGCUGCCACAUGCCGGAUAAUGUGAGCGCCUCCAGUGGCAGUCCCCACCAGGCGUACCACCCACCUCUGUGCCACCUGCGCGACAUGCUGGCCACCUCGGCGUCGGAUGUGGAGCACAGUCAGGACCACAACGAUGUCAAGGACCUGAGUUUCCGGAACCAUCUCAACCAGCUGCAGCGGAGUCAGCAGGCGGCGGCAGUGGCAGCAGCAGCAGCAGCCGCAGCGGUUGCAGUGGCCAAUGGCAGUUCGCCGGGGUCCAGCGCUGGACUGGACUCCAAGGUCCCAUUGACCAACGGUGGCGGCAAUGGUGGUGCAGCGCCAGCCGGUGACAAUGUGCCCAGCAAUUCCACGGGCAAUGGAGCAUCAGCAGCGACGGCCGGGGGAAAUAGCAACAGCAGCGGCAGUAACAGUAGCAACGCAGCUAGCUCCACCACAUGUCCCCCUGUUGGAGGAGCCUGUGCCCCCAAGAUCACACCACUGGCCGCCCACCAGCAGCCCCAUCAGGCGCCAGUGAUAACGUCCACGGCCCCGCAUCACCAUCUCCACCACACGGACAGCAGUCACCACGACUUUGAGUCGUCCAGGGAGCCGAUCCUCCACACCGACACCUCCAACAUGCACUCGCCACCGCCCAGGGAUCUGCUCCUUCAGCAGAAUCCUCAUCUGGCCCACAGCCAUCACACACAGGACAGCCUGAUGUCCGUGAGGAUGCGCAACUACUCGGAGUCCUCGCACGAGGUGGAGCACAACAACAACUACAAGUACAAGAACCACAUCAAGGAGCGCUUUGUCCACGAGCUCCACGACGAGGAGACGAGCAGCGAGCACUGUCCAGUGGCAGCCCAUCUGCAGAGCGAUCACUCCCACUUGCAGGCCUUGUCGGAGCACUCGAAGGAUGGCACGGAACCGGAAAUAGCCCCGAUCAUGGCCAAAAAGCGGAAGCUGGCCGAGGCGGCGGCCAAUGGGGAGAUACCGCUGGAGGUUCACACGGAUUCGGGCAGCGGGGCUGCCAAUCCCUCCAAUCGGCCGGACAAACCCUCUCCGUCGUUCAAUUUUAGCGACAUCAAGGACAUCAAGGCGGAGCUGCACAACGGCAACUCCAACUCCAGUCCGCUGUUGGCCAAACUGAGUGCGGCGGCAGCUGCCGGUGGCCAGUUGAGUACUCCCAGCAGCACCACCGCUCCACUGCCACCGAGGCACUCCUUCACCGUCCCCAUAUUCGCGCUUCACGGCCAGGGCAACUACUACGUGCCCCUUAACGUGGACUACAACGCCUUGGUGCCCUUCCUCAAUGGGAUGGAUCUACUGGAGAAGAGCUACACCAGCAUGCCCGUGGUGCAUCCCAUAAACAUUAAUGUGAACUUUAUGCCCACUUCGCCGUCGGCAUCGUUUUUGGCUGCCGCUGCAGCCGCCGCCGUGGCCGUUGGCAAACAACAACAACAACAACAACAGCAGGCGGUUGUGGCCGUCGGAGCGGGACUGCCUCUGUCCACAAACUCGGCGGCGGCCCAGGCAGCCGCUGUGGCCGCUGCGGCGGUGGCCAAGGCCAAACUGGAGCAGGCCAUGAACCAGAGUUGGUAGAACCAAGAAAAAUCUGGCGACGGGUCGACAGAUGGAACAACUCUACCUCAGUACUUCUGUGAAUAAUCAUCAAAUGAUUAAUCUCAACACAAACACACUAAGCGACAUCUGCGCCCAAGUAUACAUGCAUGCAAAAAAACAAAAAAGAUUAUGGAAGGGGAGAAGGAGAAAGCGAAUUCAUUGGGGUGCUUCUGAAAUCUCUGGGGACUUUAAUACCACAUCCACAUGUCUUUAAUUUCUUUAUUGUGCCCUCAAUUUGCAGUGAAAUUAUCAAAUUUUGUAUAGCCAUCCAGAUUGUGAGAGAUAGACAAUUCUACUUGCCAGGAGAAUCUCUUUCAAAUAAGUAGAAGGGAUUAUGGAAAAGCUGUUAUUAAGAAAGUGGUGACCAGAAUGUAUAUUUCAGUACAGUAUAGAUUUUGUAUUCAAAUCAGAUUUGUAAGCAUAAUUGUAAGAACUGUCGGAUUACAUGGUGUAUAUUUUUGUUUCUUGAUAAAAACAGUUCCGUGCUAAUUUUUUAAAAAUAAACAAAUUGAUCUGAAUACACUGUAAAGUUUUGCCUAAUAUUGUAUUGCCCACUUGAAGACAACUUAACAAUAUUAAUUAUUUAGAGAUUUCAGAAAUAACCAUUCAAAUGAUUUUGGAUUUGUUUGAAAUACAGAGGUAGCCAGGAGCAACCUUAAAGGUUGGACACCUAAUAGAGAAAUAUUUUCCAAUUGGUAAAUGAAGAGGGGAAAACAUUUAGAGUAGAUUAGUUGUUAACUAUUUUGAACAAAGCAUAAAUGUCUAUUAUAGCGCCAUGCAUUAAAGAACUAUGGAAAAACAUAUAUGUCGUGUGCAGAUUAAUAGAAUGUUUAUGAUGCCAAGAGCCAGUCCCACGUAAAAAAUCUAAUGGAUUUUAAAACAAAACUAAAUGUGAAUUAAAUGUAUUUUCUAGAGGUUUAACGUUUUUUGCAAUUUAAAUAAGUGUUGUGGUUUCAAAUCAGGUAGUCAGAUAGCCAAGUGACUCCCGUCAAACAAACAAAAAGUAAUCUAUACAAAAAAAGAUUUAUUGAUAAACACAUAUAUAUAGUAAACCACUAGUCAAAGAACUUGAACGAAGACGUAAAAACAAAAUAAGAGAAAAACAAAUCAGAAAAUUAUAUAUUCUAUGUGUAAAUACUAUUAGCAAGCAAAUUGUCCUUUGUUUAAGUUUGUAUUUUAGUGACAAAUUAUGUUAAGUUGGUUCGUUAAUACGUGAAAAAACAACAAAAUAUUUGAAAAAAUCCAAAAACUUUUAUAUUGAAGAAAUGCGCCAUGUUUCAUUCUCGAAAUGCGGUUUUAUUUUAGUUAUCAUUAAUAUUAUUAAUACUACUACUACUACUGUAAAACACCUAAGUUGGUUGUUUCUUUGUGUUUUCGUUAUUCAACAAAUUAAAUGCAAAUUCAAGAUUUGUUUACCUGUUUCCAAUUUGAGCAUCCAUAUUUUUAGAGGAACUUCGGAAAUGAUUCUGUUUUGUAAGCUAAGCUUCGUUGCGGCUAAACUGAAAGUUGAUAGCACAAAGAUUAUUAAUGUUUUAUGACUCUUAUUAAUGUGUACGUUUACUUUUACUGUACGGUACUGUUAAUAUAAAACUACGUUACUGUUUAAUAUAUUUUAUAAAUGUAUACAGAUGUAAUAAAAACUUCAAAAUCAAA